ACAAUAAACGCGCACUUCCGUCAAAGUACACUUUAACCUCUCUACAACUUCCUUUGAUACAAAGACAAAAUGGCAGCCUACUUACAACGCAUUGGAGUAGUUAUCUGCCGCACAUUUCCCCUCGUUUUACAACGAAAUAUUCAAGCACAGAGAAUCCGUGAUUGGAAAAUAACUGCUCCAUUUCUGCACCUGAAUCUUCGUGCUUUAUCAUCAACACCUUCUGCUGAUGGCGCCGAGGUACCGUCUAAAUAUUCAAACAGACCAUGGAAAUACAUAGAAAGUGAAGAGUACAUUGAACGCUAUGGAUCAAAGCCUGUGUGGUCUAACUAUAGGAGGAACCACAAGGGGGGCAUCCCUCCUCAAAAGACAAGAAAGACCUGUAUUAGAGGUGAUAAGAUAUGCAGCAACGCUUGUCCCAUCUGUCGUGAUCCAAACAUCAUCGUCCAUUACAAGAAUGUGAACUUAUUGCAGCAGUUCAUUUGUCCUCAAACAGGAUUUGUGUAUGAUUGCACUCAAACCGGUGUGUGUAUGAAACAACAGAAACUAAUUAACAAGGCAAUCGAAACUGCUAGAGAUUGUGGUUUAAUCUUUGUCCAGUUACCUCAUGUUGAGUACUCUAAAGAAGACUACUCAAACACUCACGGUGCUGUAGCACCAACCCCUGCCCCGUUUUCUCCCAGUUCUGGAGAACUGUGGUAUCACUGGUAUGGGAGUAUAAAACCAGAUGAGCGAGAACUUGUGAGGGUCAAGCGAGUAUACAAAGAUUACCUGAAACCAGAUGUGUGAAUCUUAUUGUAAAAGAAAAGACAUUAGUCAGAGCAGAUACUGUGUAUUUUGCAUUAGAUUGAGGCAGUUGGGGAUAGACUUACGGCGAGUCCUAAAUCACAUGUAUUAUUUAAAACUCAUUUAUGGCAUUUUGUAUACUCCAGUGUCUUCCAGCCGUGUUCCUGGAGCCCCCCGACAUUGCAUGUUUCCUUAAUCAAACACACCUGAUUCAGAACCACUGGUCUCCUGAAAGCCUUUUCCUUGUUUGUUGUGAAACGGCAGUACCGCCUAUUAAACGCACUGUGCUCCUAUCCCUCACUCAUUUUCAUUCCUGUCAGAAAUUACACAUUGUGUUACUCUGACUAAAGUCUAUUUAAAUCAAAAUUUCAUCCAAAUGAGGUUUUCAUAAUGCGCAAGAAGAAAAUGUGCAUUUCCAUUCAUGCCGUUACAUUUUGUCCAGGCAAGACAAACAUAAUAUAAAAUCUCAAAUAAAACCUCUAAACCUCAA